CACGUAAUUUGCCGGCAAGGUUUCAUCAGAAAUAUUAACGAAUAUAACAAGAUGGACACAACAGACUUCCAUUUUAAUCUUCUUGUCAAUGCAGCACUCUCUGUUCUUGGUUUCCUCAUAUGUUACAAAGUGAUACCACCAUUUGGCGAAAUGUUUAUACAGGCACAUCUGUUCGGUAUAGACCAGAGUAAAACAACCAAAGCAAAAGUGCCUGAAGCCUUAGGUGUGAUUUGUGGAGCUAUUUUUCUGAUUAUUAUGUUUCUUUUCAUACCAGUUCCCUUCUACAAACAUCUAUAUUACACAGAGAAUUACAAGAGUUUUCCUCAUAAUGAGUAUAUAGAAUAUAUUGCAGCACUAUUAUCCAUAUGCUGUAUGGUAUUCCUGGGUUUUGCUGAUGAUGUAUUAAACCUGAAGUGGAGACAUAAAGUCAUGUUACCAACCAUUGCUUCUCUCCCUUUAUUGAUGGUUUACUUGGUCAACGUUGGAUCUACUACUAUAGUUGUACCAAAACCUUUCAGACUGUACUUGGGACAUGAUGUUGAUUUGAGAUUCUUGUAUUAUGUAUACAUGGGUAUGUUAGCUGUAUUCUGUACAAAUGCCAUAAACAUUCUGGCUGGUGUGAAUGGCCUGGAAGCUGGACAAUCAUUUGUUAUUGCUGUUUCUGUUGUUAUAUUUAACAUCUUAGAAUUGUCAGGAUGUUGUACAGAGGCACAUGUAUUUAGUUUAUAUUUCAUGAUGCCAUAUAUAGGAGUGUGUCUAGCUUUGCUAAUCCAUAACUGGUAUCCAUCUCGAGUGUUUGUUGGAGAUACUUUCUGUUAUUUCUCAGGGAUGACAUUUGCUGUUGUAGCUAUACUAGGACAUUUUAGUAAAACUAUGUUACUGUUUUUUAUACCACAAGUUGUCAACUUUGUGUAUUCAGUUCCACAAAUAUUUAAAUUUGUUCCAUGUCCACGACAUAGGUUACCAAGAUAUAACAGUAAAACUGACAAAGUAGAGAUGAGUUGUACAAAAUACAAAUAUAGUAAUUUAAACAUUAUCGGAAAAUUAUGUGUGACAAUAUUUCGAUUAUUACGAGUGUUGGACGUGAAGGAGAAUGUAGGGGAAGAUGGACAAUACACAGAGUGUAACAAUAUGACAUUAAUAAAUCUUAUAUUGAAGUUUACUGGUCCUUUACAUGAGAGAACUCUAGUUAUCAUACUUAUGGCAAUACAGGUCUUAUGUAGUGGAAUUGCAUUUUUCAUCAGAUAUCAUUUAGCCAAGUUAUUCUAUGAUUAAUAGAGAAAACCAGAGACACAAGCAGUACAGCUGAUGAUUUUUUUUGGGUUAUCUUUUAUUAUUUUUUCAGCUGUCUAAAUGUGAUUUAAUCAGACAAAUGUACUUUAAAUUCAUUCAACUUGUGCUACAGAGAACUUUCAUGGAGUUUACUUCAUAUAGUGGUCUAGUCUUUAUUAUACUUUACUGUGCAACAAGUUGUAUCCUAGUUUAUUUUAAUUAAUCAUGUUAAAAUCAAAUAGGUUCAUAUGAAACUUUUGAUAUGAAUUUGUAUAUGUAUGCCAGGAAUUUCUAAAAUGUGAAAAUGAAUAUUAUAACACAAACUUGUAGAAUUAUUAACUAUUUUUUUGUAUUUGGUCAGUUCAAUUUACAUUUUACAUACAGCCAUUUAAACAUUAGUGGGAUAUUUCAAUCUAUAAUGUUCAUGUGAUUUACCCUCAGUACAUCUGAAAACUGUAAGUUAACUUUUGAAUAAUAUAAUAUUCUGACUAAUAAAUUCCCAAACCUUCACCAAUUGAUAUACAGGAAAGUAAUAUGUUCUAUAUAUAGGAUGCAAUAUAUACUCUUCAUAUAAUUUCAGUUUUCAAUUUUAUAUCUAAGAAAUAGAAAUUUUGAAAUUAUUUUUUUGUUUCUUGAUCCUCGACUACCUUUCUCUAACUUUUGUGUAAUGAUAGAUGUAUUGUGUAAAUAUGGUAUACUGCUGUUAUAUUCAAGUAUUUUAUUUCAUUUGUAUAAAAUCUAUUAUAUUAUAUCCUAUUAAGACAGGGUAAUGCCAAAUUGAAGAAACAGAUUGCAGUUGAGUUUGAAUUUUGAAUAAAUUGCAUUAGGUGGAGAGAAACACUUGUAAUCAAUUCACAGUAAAGUCAUUUAAAUUCUUUAACCAGUUAUAUACUUUAUUAUUGCUAUUUUACGAAAUUUUCCUUUGAUCUUACUGACUGAUAAUUUCCUUUCUCAGCACAGUAGAGUGAUAUGAAAAAUAAUCGCUAGAAACUAAGGGCGCACAUGCCGUUAUCAAUGAAAUUAACAACGUCGUCAUAGGUAAAACAGCGAUGAAACAGAUUAUCAUUGGUCAUCUCAACUUGAUUGCUUUCCUCACUUUCGCCGUAACGGCUCAAGUGAGAAAAUCAAAUCUCGUUGAGAUGACCAACGCUAAUCUAUAAUUUUAUCUGAAUUAUUUUGAAGCUAUUAAUAUAUGUAUUUGUGACUUUUUUCACUUUUAUGACAGUUAAGUUGAAUUAAUUCAAUGUAACAAAGUUUUUUUUUUUGCUUGAUUUUUCUGUAAACAUAUGCAUCAGAACUAACUUUUGUUGAAAUUGCACUGUAGUGUCCUGCUCAAAGCAUGUAAUAAUAAAUCAAAUUACUCUUUAAAUCAAAUACUUUUUCUCUGCUCAAAUUUCUGUAUUAUUUGUAAUUAUGUUAGAAGUACCCUGAAAACAUGCUUUUACUUAAAACUAUAAAAAUUGAUCUUUUGCAAUAUAUAUAUAUUCUAAACAAUUAACUUGUCUAAGAUUUGCAUUUAUUGAGUUUAAACAUUGUUAAUAAGCCUCGUCAUUUUUUUUGUAUCCAUCA